CUAGCCGAGCGCGGCGGAAGAGACGUCGGCGCGCUUCCGGCGGGCGUGGGCGGGGCUUCGGGCUCCUUCCCGGGAUAUCUGCGGACGCAUGGCAGGAAAUGCUCUUGGAAGUAUAACGCCCAGGAAACCUGUCUUAUCUGUCAGUGCAAGAAAAAUUAAGGACAAUGCAGCUGAUUGGCAUAACUUGAUCCUGAAAUGGGAAAACCUCAAUGACACAGGUUUUGCUACUGCAAAUAAUAUUGCCAACCUGAAAAUCAGUUUAUGGAGUGAGGACAAGACAGAGUUACAGAGCAGCAGCCCGGCUUGCGGGGAAAAUGCGGGAAGGACGCUUCCGGAAUAUAGCAAGGAGCUAGAGAUGCUGUGUGAGGAGCUGCAGACCACCUUCAACGCUUUGGCCAAAAUACAGACGAAAAUGGAAAAGCUGUCUUCAACUACCAAGGGAAUUUGUGAACUAGAAAACUACCAUUAUGGACACGAGAGGCAGCGCCCCCCCCUGUUUCACACGUGGCCCACAGCCCAGUUUUAUGAGGUUUCCCGCAAGCUGUCCGACAUGUACCGGAAGGAGCUCCUCCUGAAACGCACCAUCACCGAAGAGCUUGCGCACGCCGCGGACCGCGACCUCACCCUGAGCUACUUGUCUAUGUGGCUGCACCAGCCCUACGUGGAGACCGACAGCAGGCUGCUUCUGGAAAGCAUGCUGCUCGAGACGGGGCACCGAGCGCUGUGACCUGCCAACACGGCCCGGCCCGAGCCUCCGGGCUCCGGGCCCCUGGCCGCUUCUGUGGCCGCCACGGCGGACGGUCUUUCACGGGAGGCCCCGUGCUGCGCCCCGGGAGCGUGCCCUGUGCGGUGCUGUGGCCGCCCGGCGACCUCAGGGUCUCCAGGUUGGACCAUCUCUGCGGCUCCCGGUGGCCUCUCCAGACACGCUCAACGCGUGCCUACUGUGAAUCUGGCACCUGAGAGGAUUCUCCAGGAAAUAAGUGAGUUCCUCAACAAGACGAUUGAGUGAUCUUGUUUUUGUAACUUAGGUGUAUUUCAUAUACCAUUUAGAUAGAAAACCCCUGGUUUAGUAUUCUUACUUGGUACCUCUCUGGGUUACUUAAAUUUUUAUGACGCUGCAUUCGUUUUGUAAUUACAACCAAUGUUUAGAACACCAUAGAGGUGGGGCGCCUGGGUGGCUCAGUCGGUUAAACGUCUGACUUCGGCUCAGGUCAUGAUCUAGCGGUCUGCGAGUUCAAGCCCCACAUCGGGCUCUAUGCUGACAGCUCAGAGCCUGGAGCCCGCUUCUAGUUCUGCGUCUCCUUCUGGCCCUGACCCUCCCCUACUCACACUCUGUCUCUGUCUCUGUCUCUCUCUCUCUCUCUCAAAAAUAAACAUUUAAAAAGCCAGUUUUAGAAUACCAUAGAAUUAACUGAGACGGCAUCAGCAAAACUACCUACAAAAAAAGUUGCCUGAAAAAUAAAACAAAACGCAUUGCCUGUGUUUGCAUACUGAGGAUGUGACAGGCCACUCGGUUCCUCGGGCACAAGUUCUAGAGUCUGACAACAUUACAACAUUUGCAACCAAAUACGGGGGGCUCCAUCCUACCAUCUGCUUCCCAGAAACAAACGGAAGAAGCUUCACGCUACGGCGUGGAUGUGACACAUGAUCUGGGGUGUAUCCUCAUCUGACUGAUGCCCCCACGCCCCAGAAACAAGUGCUUCCCAGGGACAGAGAAAAUACUGGGGACAGGGACUUAGUUUGGGAGAAAGUGGGGCUACCUGGCUGUGCAGACUGACACAUCAAGAGCGUUGAAAGGCAACGUUUCUGGGGUGCCCCGGGGGGCUCGGUCGGCUAAGCCUCUGACUUGGCUUCAGGUCAUGAUCUCGUGUUUCGUGGGUUCGAGCCCUGCAUCAGGCUCCCCCUCGUCGGGCUCUGUGCUGACACCUCGGAGCCUGGAGCCUCCUUCAGAUUCUGUGUCUCCCUCUCUCUCUGCCCCUCCCCCACUCGCUCUCUCAAAAUAAAUAAACUUUUAAAAAUAAAUAAGUAAAAAAUAAGAAAUAGCAAAAAAAAAAAAAA